AUGACUACCAACAUGUACAUGACUACCAACAUGUACAUGACUACCAACAUGUACAUGACUACCAACAUGUACAUGUACAUGACUACCAACAUGUACAUGACUACCAACAUGUACAUGACUAUCAACAUGUACAUGACUACCAACAUGUACAUGUACAUGACUACCAACAUGUACAUGACUACCAACAUGUACAUGACUACCAACAUGUACAUGACUACCAACAUGUACAUGACUGCCAACAUGUACAUGACUACCAACCUGUACAUGUACAUGACUACCAACAUGUACAUGACUACCAACAUGUACAUGACUACCAACAUGUACAUGACUGCCAACAUGUACAUGACUACCAACAUGUACAUGACUACCAACAUGUACAUGACUACCAACAUGUACAUGACUACCAACAUGUACAUGACUACCCACAUGUACAUGACUACCAACAUGUACAUGACUGCCAAAAUGUACAUGACUACCAACAUGUACAUGACUACCAACAUGUACAUGACUACCAACAUGUACAUGACUACCAACAUGUACAUGACUACCAACAUGUACAUGACUACCAACAUGUACAUGACUACCAACAUGUACAUGACUACCAACAUGUACAUGACUGCCAACAUGUACAUGACUACCAACCUGUACAUGUACAUGACUACCAACAUGUACAUGACUACCAACAUGUACAUGACUGCCAAAAUGUACAUAACUACAAACAUGUACAUGACUACCAACAUGUACAUGACUACCAACAUGUACAUGACUACCAACAUGUACAUGUACAUGACUACCAACAUGUACAUGACUACCAACAUGUACAUGACUACCAAUAUGUACAUGACUACCAACAUGUACAUGACCACCAACAUGUACAUGCCUACCAACAUGUACAUGACUACCAAUAUGUACAUGACUACCAACAUGUACAUGACUGCCAACAUGUACAUGACUACCAAUAUGUACAUGACUACCAACAUGUACAUGACUACCAACAUGUACAUGACUACCAACAUGUACAUGACUGCCAACAUGUACAUGUACAUGACUACCAACAUGUACAUGACUACCAUCAUGUACAUGACUACCAACAUGUACAUGACUACCAACAUGUACACGACUACCAACAUGUACAUGACUACCAACAUGUACAUGACUACCAACAUGUACAUGACUACCAACAUGUACAUGUACAUGACUACCAACAUGUACAUGACUACCAAAAUGUACAUGACUGCCAACAUGUACAUGUACAUGACUACCAACAUGUACAUGACUACCAACAUGUACAUGACUACCAACAUGUACAUGACUACCAACAUGUACAUGUACAUGACUACCAACAUGUACAUGACUACCAACAUGUACAUGACUGCCAACAUGUACAUGUACAUGACUACCAACAUGUACAUGACUACCAACAUGUACAUGACUACCAACAUGUACAUGACUACCAACAUGUACAUGACUACCAACAUGUACAUGACUACCAACACGUACAUGACUACCAACAUGUACAUGACUACCAACAUGUACAUGACUACCAACAUUUACAUGACUACCAACAUGUACAUGACUACCAACAUGUACAUGACUACCAAUAUGCACACAACUGCCAACAUGUACAUGUACAUGACUACCAACAUGUACAUGACUACCAACAUGUACAUGACUACCAACAUGUACAUGUACAUGACUACCAACAUGUACAUGACUACCAACAUGUACAUGACUGCCAACAUGUACAUGACUACCAACAUGUACAUGACUACCAACAUGUACAUGACUACCAACAUGUACAUGACUACCAAACAUGUACAUGACUACCAACAUGUACAUGACUACCAACAUUUACAUGACUACCAACAUGUACAUGACUACCAACAUGUACAUGACUACCAACAUGUACAUGACUACCAACAUGUACAUGACUACCAACAUGUACAUGACUACCAACAUGUACAUGGCUACCAACGCCUUGCUGUAUGA